UCGUCCCGAAACAGCGUCGCUCGCAAUUACACUGGAUGAGAGUGUCGCCGCGAAUUCAGAAUCAAUUACAACGGUUACAAGCCAAUCACGGUAACGUCGUAAUACGCGUAGUGUAAUUAGUGGUCGGAUGUGUUCCCUCGCGGCGGUCAAUCGCGCGAUCGACAAGUGACGCCGAGCGAAGUAAGCUGUAAAGUUGCCAACUACUAUCCGACGCGUCAACGGCGUGAAGUUGCCGCGCCGCACGAAUUUUUCCUGCACUUAUUACCAAUCGAUUUUCGAAUUUUUCCUGCAUUCAACGUGCGAGCGAAUAUUGUUUCGAACGUCCGAAACGUUGUGUUACGGGAACGCUGUGUACAAAGUGGCGUGCGUUCAUCGUGUCGCGUUAAUUACAUACACGGUCGUGUGUGGUCCGAGAUUUUCAUGCUGUCGUAUAAUCUGAACAUGAAUGAUGAACAUCGCGAGAGCCGGAGAAGCGGAGUGACGGGCGUACGCCAUCCAUGCGUCGCAUUUUGCGUUCUGUAAGUACCUGUUCGAAAGUGCCUCGUCGGGAGCCUCACCGGACAAAGCGACGGUUGAUUGUCAUAUCGCGUUGUUUAGUAUACGAAUACGUGCGGAUGUAAUUAGUUUCCUAGCGACUCGCGUCGCGUCCGUGUGAGUAAACAUCGAGAACAAUAGAGGACAACUAUCGGAUGACGAAGAAGCAUCCGCGCCAAGCUCUUCACAUGAAAGAGCAUCCCGACUACAAGUAUCGGCCGCGCCGGAAACCAAAAUCUCUGGUGAAGAAGGAGAACAAGUUCGGCUUCUCAAUAUCGCCGCUGAUAUCACCUGGCGACAGCCUGGCUAAUCUACCACGCGGUCUUCUGCCACCGUUGACGCCUCCGACGCAUCAUCCAUUGAUGUCACACGAGGACCUGAAGAUCCCGCGCUUCUUUCCACCGUUUGCCUACCCGCUUUAUCCCUUACAGCACAAGCUGAGCGACGAAUUCAACGGCGGUAAGCUGGCCGCCGAUUUGGCCUUACAGGCCCUCUACACCGGCAGUCCCUUUUAUCCGAGCCAUCAAGCGAUAUCCUGGCCGACAGGCCUAUCAGCAGCCACAUGUUUACAACCUAACUGCAGCUGCCCGAGUCCACCGAAGGAGCCUAAAAGGCCAUUUCCGCCGUCCAAGAUGGAUGAUCCGCCUUUCCCGAGUCCAGCAAGGGCUGAUGAUGACGCCGUCGUCGCGGAACGAGAAGAAUCUCGGUAUCGAAAACUCGAGUUGGACUUCUCCGCCAAUUUGGAGAGUCAUCAUCACCAUCAUCAUCACCAUCAUCAGGAGGAUCGUUCUCAGGAUCGCUUCUCUUCAUCCUCAUCCUCAUCACCGCCCACGGAACAGUUAGAGAGAUCGUCGACGACGACAACGACGACCACAACAACAUCGUCCUCAUCAUCAAGCAGCAGAGUCGAUAGCACCUUCUCCGUUCAGAGUCUGACGUCGACUUCCAAUGGCUCGAAUUCAAGCUCACAGCGUGGACACGUCAUAUGAAGGCCGCUUCCGG